AUUUGCUCCACACCAGCAAGGCUCUUCGGGCGAAAUGACGAGGAAGGCAAGCAGGCCCCCUUGGUCUACUACUAAGACAACCAUAUCUAUUGGUAAAAUAUAUUGAGGGAAGCGCAGUCUUGUCUACCGCCAGCAAUUUCGCGGACGCGAGCGUUUUUAUCCAUUCUGCGGGCACGCUGGAUGCACCUGAGCAUGAGCUGUGCAUACCAUAUUCAGUACAGGCAGUAGGCUUGAAGUGCGAGCAUUUUCCAUCUCCAAGAACAUCAAGAUGGAGACACAGUUAUGUGAUGGUAGUAGUUACUUGUUUUUGCAUCAGCACAAAAUACCAAAAAAUGAGGGCACAGCAUUUUCAGUGCGACUGAUUAACAUUCGGGCCCGACCACGGUGGGUUCGCGGUUGCGGCCGUGGGUGGAACGGGACGACCCGGUGGACUAGUCGGUGCAACCCAGAGCUCAACUCCAGGUUUUGGUCAAAUUCGAACCGGGGGCCUGUUAUUGAAAGGCUCGAUUGGCCUAUGGCACGGUGGGAGGGCCUUUUCUUGGUCAAAAGCACGGAAAGAUGGUCAUGUAUCAGCCAGAAGGCUACAGGGUCUCCAGUCUCUUCAUUGACGGACAUUGCGCCUUUCUACUGGCCUGCCAUUGCUUUUGAAGAUCUGCUGUGGGGUUCCAAGAUGGUGCGAGGCCCGACGCUGGUUUGUUCACCAUGCAUCAAAGACCAUGAGCCGAUGAGCACCCAUGAGGCUGCUGGAGGUCAUAGUCCUGAGUCGAUAGCUCUCGGGGUGCACUGUAGCAGCAUUUUAUACUCCGCUGGUGAACUAUAUGGACAAAGGGGCAGCUGGCCUCAAGGGACUAGUGCAUGGCGGCGUCCGCCAGGGUUUGAGGGUACCAGUCCAUCGUCGAGUCAACCCGGAUAUACCGAAGGCAACGGCCGAGGUGUGACGAAUGAGGGACCCGUACCAAAAUGAAGAUCUUUCUCGGUUAUGCUGGGCCAGUAGGUGUGUCCAAGUUGGCUAGGUUGUAUAUCGUGUUGGGCACGCUGCACACUGCUCAUUGCACUUAGGUAACUCGGCCAUGCUGAAUCU